AUGGAGUUAAUCGCCACAUCUCCUCAUGGUCUUCAACAUAUGAGAAGUGUGACAGCAACUGAAGACCGUAACCAAUCAUUUGAGAGGUACAAGGCACCAAAGAUAUUGAGCAACGCGGCCAAAGCCGCUGGAGUGAAGUUUGCCACGUCAUCUUUAGGUGUGAAGAUGACACCUAAUGGCAGUAAAAAGCUUAAGAACAAUCCACUGGAAUUUUUUGGGGACAUUUUUGUGAGGUGGCAGAUUGGGAAGACUCGCCGAAAGGAGAAGAUGUUCAAGACCACAGCAUUUGAUAUCUGGUUUUCUGCGAUUUUUCGGGCUGUCGAAAAGAAUAUAAUCAAAUUUCCCCAGGGCUCAACCGAAGGAAACAUCAUGGAUAAGACGUACACCGUGGUCUUUGAAAUUCUGUCAGAAAAGCUUGAUUUGUCCGACUUUGUUGACCAGAUCAAGCUAGUCGCGGAGGAUCCAGACUAUAGAGUCCUAGCAGCGAGCCAAACGAUUAGGAUACUCCAUAGGUGGAUUGUUGAUGCGGUAAUGCGCACGAGCGAAGAAGAGUUGAAUAGCAUCGAAGCCAUGUUGUUUCAUGAGAAGAGUCUCACUAGCCGAUGGGCUAUCCCUGUAGCCGAAUUGCUUAAAAAUGAUGCCACAAAUUAUUUCGCGAUUAAGUAUAUGUCGCGGCUAGUGGGAGACGAAGAAGUAUCCUUGAAAAUUGCGGAGAAGCUACGAUCAGCGAUUUUGCCUCGUCCUGAAGUUAAUAAUUUUUUUGCAUUUUACAAAACUGUCGCCAUAAGUCCUGGUAAUAGCGAAGCAAGUGCGCGUCACAUGCCUGAAGAUGACCCUUUAUCUUCAAAUGAGGUACUUAAAAACAUGGAUUCGGUUCUGCUUUCAUUCUAUGUGUGA